AUGGAAUAUUACGGCUCGGCCGACUCCUACACCAGCCGGCCCUCGGACUCGGACGUGUCUCUGGAGGAGGAGAAGGAGAAGGAGGGCGGCCAGCAGGAGCGGGAGCAGCAGGCCGCCGCCCAGCUGGAGAGGGCAAAGAGCAAAGCCGUGGCGUUCGCGGUGAGGACUAACGUGAGUUACUGCGGCGCCCUGGACGAGGACGUCCCCGUGGCCGGGACCGCCGUGUCCUUCGACGCCAAGGACUUCCUCCACAUCAAAGAGGUCUAA